AUGGUCUACUGUGGGGAGUGCGGUACUCCUGGAGAAGGUCGUUUUUGCAUCGAAUGUGGGACUAGACUCCACUCUGGGGAGUCUUCAUCGGCGGUGAAGCGCGAAGACUCUCUUCCAAACGCCUCGCAAGCAGAGCCUUUAUCCAGCGGUGGUACAUCGCCUUAUUCAUCACCCACGCCUGGUAGCUCGUCGACUAGACCCAAUGUUCGGGGUGUGUCGACUGUCUCUGGUUCGGCCACCACACAAGGAGGAACCUUCCCAGCCACACCUAACGUGCCUCAACAAGAAUCUCCGACACAACUAUUUGGAAGCCAAGGCUAUCGGCUCGAGGCUUUCCAUAUCAUCUCAAGGGAGCUCUUCAUUGCGUUGGACCGAACUACCCUGCCAACAGGCACACAACUCAUCGAAGCCAGUAAAAUACGGCGCUUCAAGGAGGUAGCCGGGCGGCCUAUCCCGCCUUUUUUCGAGAGCCACGUGCUGCCGCUGUAUUACCAAACCAUUGGCGCUCAAUGUGCUGGGUCGAGUGUCCUGACUUGGGAGGGUUGGAAUACGUAUCUUGCCCACAAGAUUCUAUCCAAUCCUGACGACACGUUUGCGCACAUCGGAGCAGCCUUACGAGGACUGGGAAUCCAACUACCUUGGCCAUUAGUCCGCUCAGACUUCCCCGCCUACGCCUAUCCUGAUGCCGCUGCACGUGAACUGCAGUUCCAACAGGGCAUCCGUGACUACAUCGGAGCCUCGUUUAGCAGCGGCGCAUAUAGUGGUUUGGCUCGCCGUCGGUCCGGAAUGGCCGCAGGCAUUGCUGCACGCAGCUUGACGGGGCUUCUAUCCAAUGGGUUCUUAUUCAACUGA